GAAACUUGUUCUGAAUCGAUUCGUCCGAUUCGGUCCAGCCAAACGUAUAACAUGGUGUAAGGCAACCGCGAAGUAAGAGAAUAUAUCAUGAAAGAACUAGUACCAUGGUUAAAUGUCCGUGUUCGAUAACGAUACUGAACGAUACAAACAAACAAAUCAUUUCUCGAAUUGCUUAGUGAGGUUAGGUUUCGCGUCAUUGGCGUUGCUUCGUCGGAGAAUUCUUUUCAAACGAACAUUACAUCCACUUUUAAGGAUAGGUGAACAAUCUAACGUUACAUGUAGUUGUGAUAUGUUGAGAGAAAAUUCAAGGGCUCAUGUAAAAGUUUAUAUGGUGGCCUAUGUAUGCUUUAGUUGGUGUGUGUGCGUGCUUUUAUAUUUGAAGUAAUUUUGGGCAAACGUACAACGACCAUGGCAAAUUUAAAUGAUGAAAAACUUAAAAUGAUGGAGGAUGAGAUGAACAGGUUUGAAGCAGAAAUAGCUCUUCCUGUUCUUCCUCCACCUCCACCUCCCCCAAAUGUGUCAGCAACAACACCUCCGCCCCCACGACCAGUAAUAGGUUCUAAUACCUACAAUCAGGUUCAACGUCGCUUAGAGGAACAACAGACCGUUUUAGUCCCAGACUUUUCUGGUAGCGCAGGAGGUGGGCCUCCUCCAAUGGGUUUCCAGCCAUCUGUGAUGCCUCCCGUUGCAUUUACUGGAAUUCCUCCACCUCCUCCUCCACCACCUCCUUUGUUGAUUCCUCAUCAAGUACAGAGGGUGCCACCAGCACGACAUCCUCCUCCACCUCCUCCUGCUUUUCUACGAGGGCCACCUCCGCCACUGAGAGCUGUGGCCCCCACUGCUCCACCAGCUGGAACAUUUGUAGGUGCAACUCCGCUUCCAACCAACCUUGAGUCACCAACUGGGCCUCCACAACCGUCUGCACCUGUACAAAACGUCCCUACAGUAUUGAGUGCUACCCCUAAAAUAUAUGUUUCAAAGCCCAGUGGAAAGACCCCAACAGAUAUUAAUUCACUGAGUCGAACAGAAGAUGAUUCUUCCGAAAGGAAAAAGAAAUUUAAAAAGUUGGGAGAUAAACCAGAUCCCUCUGAGAGCUUAGGAGUGUGGGGAGCACGAGAGAUGGCAGAGAGAGUCCGCGCUAGUACCAUAGUAACUACGAUUGGACCCGACCCUGCAACGUCAAGUGCUCCAGCAGGGCGGAAAAAAGAUAAGAAACCAAAAAAACAUGUUCGCACUGCAGGAGGACAGACUUGGGAAGAUUCAUCAUUAGCUGAGUGGGAUGAAGAUGAUUUUCGAAUCUUUUGUGGAGAUCUAGGUAAUGAUGUUACGGAUGAAAUUCUAACUAGAGCUUUCAGUAAAUACAGCUCAUUUCAGCGUGCAAAAGUAGUUCGUGAUAAACGAACAAAUAAGACUAAAGGAUUUGGCUUUGUUAGCUUUAAAGAUCCUCAGGAUUUCAUAAAAGCUAUGAAGGAAAUGAAUGGUCGUUAUGUUGGAAGUCGUCCUAUCAAGUUAAGGAAGAGUACCUGGAAAGCACGAAAUUUAGACACUGUUCGAAGGAAAGAGAAAGAAAAAGCUGCUCUAGUGGGUCUUCUUUUAGGCCAACGUUGAAAUAUUGAUCUUGGUUGCACAUAGAUACUGAAAAUAUUUAUUAUCUUGUGUAGUAUCCACGAAAAUUUGUUGGAAGAAAUCAAAAGAAUGAUGUCAACUGAAGAAAUGCAAGGUCAUGAGUAAUUUUUUCCAAUGAUACCUGAACAUUUUAUCUGAAGCAAAUUUAUUGAAGAAAGCUGUUCGUUCCAAGGAACCCAAGCUAUUUCUAAAAUAUUUCUCUACCAACAAGAACGCUGUAUUCAUCAGUGAAAGCAAAUAUCUUGUAUUAUAUAGUAAUUAAUGGUUUUUACAAUUGUAUUGUGAAUCUUCAUUAAAAAAUAUGUUAUUUUGUUUCAGAUGUUUUUAUUUGUGUACAUUUGUUUUAAAUAUGUUUAUCAAAUGAAUUUGAUGUGUGAGGUUGAUAAUAUUGAUUUACAUGCAAUAGUCUGCAUUAGUACUGUUCAAAAUCAAAUAAACAAAAAAAAUCU